AUGGUCGACCUCUCCGAUUCAGGUGGUCUUCGCCUGCCCAACCCCCCGCCGCUGCUGCACACACGCUCUGGCAACGAAUCCAUCGACCGCCCCUCCACCCCCGCCGGCAAUGGCUUCACCAGUCCCCCCCAGACACCUCAGGGUAGCCCCAGCAAAUCGCGGGCGCCCCCCGGGGCUCUCGACCUGCCCAAUGUCUUCGACAAGGCUAUGAAGUUGACGCCCACUUCCCCCACCAAGUCUACCCACAACCACUUCAAUCACCCCAUGUUUACCGCAGAUCGCGGGGGCGAGGACUUCAACGAGAGUGUCAUCCACCAGCGCCCCACGAGCCCGACGCGCCGCGCAAACAAGGAGAACACGCCGCCUUCGACUCUCCCCAAGGACCUCGGGCCGAAGCCGACUGCUGCUGCGAUUUCGCGCCAUGAACCGUACCAGCAGCGCGACACUGAUGCCUCGAAGCGCCAGGUGCAGCUGCGCGGGCUGACACCGGAGGAGAUGGAGAAGUUGCAGCAGCCCAAGGUGAAGCGCUUGGUCAAUGUUACCCAACUCUACUUUCUCGAUCACUACUUCGACCUCCUGAGCUACGUCCACAAUCGCCAGACCCGCCACUCCCAAUUCAAGGCCGCCUAUCCCGAACCUCCAACCACCCCCGCCGAAGAGUACGAUCCCGCGCUCCUCAAAUACCUCGGCCGCGAGCGGGCGCAUUUGCGCAAGCGUCGCACUCGUCUGCGCCAGCACGAUUUCCAGAUCCUCACGCAGGUUGGCCAGGGCGGAUAUGGACAGGUGUACCUGGCGCAGAAGAAGGACACGCGCGAGGUCUGCGCAUUGAAGGUGAUGAGCAAGAAGCUGCUGUUCAAACUCGACGAAAUCCGACACAUUCUGACCGAACGCGAUAUCCUCACUGCGGCCAAGAGUGAGUGGCUUGUCAAACUUCUGUAUGCUUUCCAGGACGAUACCCAGAUCUACCUGGCUAUGGAGUAUGUGCCUGGUGGCGAUUUCCGCACUCUCCUCAACAACACCGGUGUUCUGCACAACCGACACGCGCGCUUCUACAUCGCCGAAAUGUUCAGCUGUAUCGACGCCCUACAUGUUCUGGGCUACAUCCACCGCGACCUGAAGCCAGAGAAUUUCCUGAUUGACUCGACCGGCCACGUCAAACUCACCGACUUUGGUCUUGCAGCCGGCAUGCUGAGCCCCGGGAAGAUCGAAUCGAUGCGCGUCAAGCUAGAAGAAGUCGGCAACACCCCCGUCCCCUUCGGCCGACCCAUGGAACAGCGCACCAUGGCCGAACGCCGACAGGGCUACCGCACCCUGCGAGAACGCGAAGUCAACUACGCCAAGUCCAUCGUCGGCUCGCCCGACUACAUGGCGCCGGAGGUGCUAAAGGGCGAGCAGUAUGAUUUUACCGUCGACUACUGGAGUCUGGGCUGUAUGCUUUUCGAGGCGUUGGCGGGCUACCCGCCGUUCGCGGGAGCGACAGUGGACGAGACGUGGCAGAACCUGAAGCGCUGGCAAAAGGUGCUACGGAAGCCCGUGUACGAGGAUCCGAAUUACUUCCUCUCGCGCCGGACGUGGGAUCUGAUCACCAAGCUCGUUGCGGCGAAGGAGACGCGGUUCAAGAAUAUCCAGGAGAUUCACGCCCAUGACUACUUCAGCGAGGUCGACUUUAACCGGCUGCGCGAGCAGCGGGCGCCGUUCGUGCCGGAGCUCGACUCGGAGACGGAUGCGGGUUACUUUGACGAUUUCAGUAAUGAGGCCGAUAUGGCCAAGUACAAGGAGGUGCAUGAUAAGCAGCGAGCGCUGGAGGAGAUGGCCGAGCGCGAUGAUAAGAUGAGCAAGGGCUUGUUUGUUGGGUUUACUUUCCGCCACCGCAAACCCGCCGUCGACAGCGGCCGCAGCUCCCCGCGCAAACCGAUUGCGACGGACGGGAGCUUCGGUACGAUGUUCUAG